AUGGCGGACGUUGAUGCUUUUGAUUUGGAAAGUGACCUUCCCAAGUUUUUGGAGUCUGUUCUUCAAAAAGCAGAAACUAUCUUGCAGAAUGUUGAAGAUCAAGUAACAGACCAAACUGCUUUUUGGAUUCAUAACAUUGCAAGAGCCACGUGAAAUCCAACCAUUUACAAAUGUAGUGGCAUUGUUUAGGAAUCACAUUUCUUCCAUUGUAGUAACACCAACAACCCUUGCUGCAUCCUCUGUAACAAUAAAGAAGAAUAAGAGUGUGAAACCCGGGCGACCGUCUUUUGAAAUUCCCGUAGAAAUGUUCGAGUAA